AUGACCGGCAGUUUUCAAGCGGCCGGAAGUGUUUUUGCACAUAAAAGAUUUCCAUUUAUCAAGCGGCCGGGGCUUUGCUGUCAAACAAGCCCGGUCGAAAACUAUCGAUUCGCACUGGAUAAAACGACGCAGGGGAGCCGGCAAAAGGGGCGCCCUUCUGAGACGGUCACCGCCUUAGUUUCUGGCGGUUUCGGGCGCCCAAAAAGGGGCGCCCAAAAAGCAGCAGUCCGAAAAAAAACAGCAAAUUCGCAUGGUAUGGGCCUCAUUUUGGCCCACAUUCGGGCCCCGCAAAAGACGCCGCCAAGAUCUGCCAUUUCAGAGGCAGAUUUUUUCGUCGAGAAUUGCACAAAGGAUGAAUACUUAAGCGUACUUAUACGAAAAAAUGGUGAACAGAUUCGUACGUCGAAAAAAAUUGAGCUACAUCAUCCACGACAUUGUCAGUGCCGUUCCGUCAGGCAGUUUUUACGUACAAGAAACAAGCGGGAUUCUGGUUGUUGUAAAUCGUCAUAAGAGCUGCCUCGAUGCUGAUAAUAAAAAAGUAAAACUCCCCUAGCUGCUGUUGCAAUUGCAAAAAGCCUGUUCUACGUAUUGUCGGCGUGGUAGUUGCUCCUUGAUGUAAUACGUCUCCCUCCCCUGUUGAUGCUGAUCUUGAUUCCCGCUAGAAGAUGAUGUAAG